AUGGCCGCUGAGACACGAGAAAUGCAGAGAUGCCAGGGUGACAUGCCAGCCUCAGAGCUGCAGUUUGUCGGGAGGGAGGGAGAACGCCCCCAGCUGGGUCGGUCCGACACCAGAACCCCGCGCCUGCCUGCGUCCCGGGCGCCUCGCUGCUGCGACUGCGCCCAUCGGUACGCUUGGUCGCUCGACGCGGACACACGUGCGAUUACUGACGACGCGGUGGGCGGCUCGGCCCCGCAGGGAAGGGACUGUCCCAGAGGUGCCGACCAGAGCCCGGGGCCGCAGCCGCAGAGGCCGGGGCCAAACGCGGAGGUUGCCACGGGCCGAGCAGACAUUGAGGACUUGGACCUGUAUGCUACGUCUCGGGAGAGAAGGUUUCGCCUGUUCGCAUCCAUAGAGUGUGAGGGGCAGUUAUUCAUGACUCCGUACGAUUUUAUCUUGGCUGUUACAACAGACGAGCCCAAACUUGCUAAAACAUGGAAGUCGCUUUCCAAACAGGAAUUAAAUCAAAUGCUCUCAGAAACACCACCAGUUUGGAAAGGCUCAUCAAAGCUAUUUCGGAAUCUUAAAGAGAAAGGUGUGAUUUCUUACACAGAAUAUCUUUUUCUUUUAUGUAUUUUAACAAAGCCACAUGCAGGCUUUAGAAUAGCUUUCAACAUGUUUGACACUGAUGGCAACGAGAUGGUGGACAAAAAAGAGUUUUUGGUGCUUCAAGAAAUAUUCAGGAAAAAGAAUGAAAAGAGAGAAACUAAAGGUGACGAGGAGAAACGUGCGAUGCUGCGUCUUCAACUUUAUGGAUACCAUUCUCCUACUAAUAGUGUGCUCAGAACAGACGCCGAGGAACUGGUGCCCAGAAGCUACUGGGACACGCUGAGGCGCAGCACGAGCCAGGCGCUCUUCUCAGAUCUCGCAGAGCGUGCUGAUGACAUCACAAGUUUAGUAACGGAUACUACACUUCUUGUACACUUUUUUGGAAAGAAAGGAAAAGCUGAACUUAACUUUGAAGAUUUUUAUAGAUUCAUGGAUAACCUCCAAACAGAAGUUCUAGAAAUAGAAUUCCUUUCCUACUCUAAUGGGAUGAAUACUAUCAGUGAAGAAGAUUUUGCUCAUAUACUUUUACGUUAUACAAAUGUGGAAAAUACGUCAGUAUUUUUGGAAAAUGUACGUUAUAGCAUACCCGAAGAAAAGGGCAUCACAUUUGAUGAGUUCAGGUCGUUUUUCCAAUUUCUGAACAACCUGGAAGACUUUGCAAUAGCCCUGAACAUGUACAACUUCGCAAGUCGUUCUAUAGGUCAAGAUGAAUUUAAACGUGCUGUCUAUGUAGCUACUGGACUCAAACUUUCACCUCAUUUAGUAAACACUGUCUUCAAGAUUUUUGACGUGGAUAAAGAUGACCAAUUAAGUUACAAAGAAUUUAUUGGAAUCAUGAAAGACAGACUCCAUAGAGGAUUUCGGGGUUAUAAAACAGUCCAGAAGUAUCCCACUUUCAAAUCCUGUCUCAAGAAGGAACUUCAUAGCAGAUAGAAACUGCUAAACCAAAGCUUAACGGAUUACUAUCUACAUGAAAAACGCAAGAAGCAACCCUUUCAGCGUGGAAGCAGGACUCAGAUCAGAAUAUGCAGAAAAUGAAGGAAAAGUGAAAUGCUAUGAAAUUUAUAAUUUUUCUUUAACUGAAUUCUUAAGUAUAAAACAGAUAAAAUGUAUCUCUUUAUGCAGUUGUUAAAUUAAUCCAGUUGACUUCUUGCCUCGAUUUACAGAACUCUGCACUUUUUCAUUCCCUAAAGAAGUAUUAAUACAUAGAUACUUCUCAUGACUCUACAAGAAUGUAUUUUAAGUAUUUUUUAUUUAUUUGUUAGAAAUUUUCCUCAUUUUAAAAUAAUUUAUGACUCUUGGAACGUAGCUCACCUAGAAACGAACAAUACAUUUUCUUUGACUUUGGACUGUGAAUUUGUUUUCAAAAAAUAAAUAUUGUGUAAGAUAUCUUAGAACCCUUAGAAUUGUUCCUAAGUCCCUGCUAUUUAUCAGGUUUUAUUUACAUUGAAAUAAUUUUGAAAAACAAGUAGAAGUUAAGCUACUAUAUAAAACAAUGGUUUACAUUGUACUUUUAACUUUUAAAAGUACUUAAUUGACAUAUUGUUGAACUUGUGUGAAGUUUUAUUUUUUGUUCAGUUACCAAAGUCAGCAGAAUGUCUGGUAUUCUUUCGUGUUUAUACUCUUAAAAAAUGUAGAUGUUUUUUCUCAAAAAGUAAAAAAUAGUCGUGUAUUGGUGGCAGAAGUGGUAGCUGGAAAAAUAGUCACUUUGUUAUCAUGGUUGUCUUAAACACAGUGCUGCUUGUGACCGCAGGUAGCUAAUAUGCGACAGCUGUCUAGGAGUAACACUGUACACCUCCGCACCUCCCUGUGUCACUGAGGUGUGUCGUCAUGUCGAAUGAGUGGUAAUAGAAACUACCAUGCAGUGGUUUGGGAGACUUCACACACACACACACACACACACACACACACACACACACACACAAAUUAGGUGGAAACUAACAUUGUUUCUUGCAAAAGGACCACAUGCAAAACAACCAGUCAUAAUAAGUAAUUUAAGUAUAAUUCAUUAUUUCAAAAUAAUAGGUUUUAAAAAGGAAAAUAAAAACUUUUUGUUGACAAAUGAAAAAUUAAAUUUUCCCAUGGAGAAAUAGGUAUUGUUCAAUUAAAAACAUUUAGUUUAUACAAAAUACUGUACAAAGCUAGAAUAAUUAAUUUAAAUUAAUAUAUUUGUAUGUUGCAUGUGGAAAAUUAGUCCAUUUAUCUUCCUAAGACAUAUUUAAUCUAGGUUGCACACACUCCAACUAUUACCUUGCUUUUCCAUAUGAAAAUAGGAAACACUGACUUUGUUUUUUAUCAGUUUAUUAAAUGUGAAAUUGAUCUACAUCAGCUUAUUUAUAAAAGUAAUGUUAUUUCUAAGAAAACAUUAUUAGCAUUGGUUUUGUAUUUGUUAGACUUUUUAUAUUGUUUAUCCAAUAUUAUUUAUUGUACUAAUGUAGAAAUACAUGAUUCAUAAAUUUUAAAGUCCUCUAUAGUAUAAUUUAAUUUCAUCUGCUCCAAAGGUUGAUUCCGUUGAUGAAAUUAAAAUGCCCAUCAACUAACUCAUUUGACAUAACCCAGAUCUAUCUCACCUUUCACAGAAUGUUCUAAGUAUAGUUUGAUUUCUAAAAUUAUUGAAAAUUGCAAUUUACUUUAGUCUUUGACUACAAAUGAUACUCUUGUAUACAUGAAAGCUCCUAUAAAUAUAGACUAAAAAUUGAGUUAGCCCAUGAAAACCCUUUCUAAUCCUGCCACUGUCCCUGGGAAGGACGCCGUACCGCAUGGGCAGUCCUCACUCUUUAGUGCUUAUCAGUGUGCAGAUAAAUACCUGGGUAAUGUUCUGCAGGCUUUUCACAUGGAGAACUAAUUUCUAAGGAAACAUUAAAAUAAAUAAAAUAUUCUAAUCAAGUACAGUGGGAAGCAGAGUAGUGAAUUACAAUGAUUCUCUGUGUUAUCACUUAGAACUUUAUCAUUUAUGGAAUGAGAAGUAAAAAUAUCUCACUAAAUUGUUGAUAAUAUCAAUUUAGAAAUACUUAAAUACCUUGGAAAUAAUUUAAGUAUUCAGUAUUUCCUUAUAAAAACUGUUCUUUAGAAAGAUUAAAUGAUACAUAAAAGUUUAGGAUAAUACUUUUACCAAAAAUGUAUGUGAUGAAUCGUUUAUGGUACUUCAACAAAUCAUGUCAUAAUAGGAAAUUCAUUGAACUUAGGUUUUAAGUUACUGUUAUUGUAAAUUAUCACUGUACAGAAAUCCUUCUUAUAUUCUUAUUAUCUUAAAAUAAAUAUAC